AUGGGUGUGGGAGCGGUCCUCGAGCCACUAGUGGUCAUUGUGCUACUGUUUGGAGGGACCUGGAUCAACCGUGCAACUGGCGGAAACGCUCACCGUCAUUAUGCUCGGAAAUCCGCAGACUUGGUGCGAGCUGCGUCCCUGGAUUCCCUCGAGUCCGGAUACUCAAGUCCUACAACAAAGGAUGGGCUUCUCACUCCUCGGUCCCGAUCCCCCUUGCAGAUCCCCGAUAGAUGGCACACACGACAAGUGGGCAUGUUUGGCUGGACUUGGGGGAUUUCAUCGCCAAACACGGCUAUUUUCCAAGAUCGGUUGCUGAGUCGUUUACUGCGAAAGCUUCCCUUCUUGGUGGAAUGCUGGUACUGGGCAUUAGUUUACUGGACAUAUCAGCUUGGCCGAGCCUUUACCGCCGUGACCCUCAAAGACGACACAGUCGAUGUUGCGAGAAGACAUGCUCUGCAACUCAUCAAAAUGGAGGAAAGUCUGGGUAUAUUUUUGGAAACCAUGAUCCAGAGGGACUUCUUGCUCCGUCCCCGUGCCAUGACUUGGAUCAAUUGGAUAUAUUCGUUCAUUCACAUUCCGGGGACCAUCGCCUUCCUCGUCUGGCUCUACUACUUCACUACGACGCGGAACCGGAUCGACGAGACUCAGACAGGAAAGCCCCAGGGUACUGUGAGUGGGUCGCCCGCGGGUCCUCUUCUAUAUCAAGCACGUCGGCGAACCUUGGCUGUGUGCAAUCUGCUCGCAUUCGUGGUGUUCACUCUGUGGCCUUGUAUGCCGCCUCGGUUACUGAGCGACACCAAUGUGGGUGGAGAAGAAGGUGAGCUGGCUCGCAGUUAUGGCUUUGUUGAUACCGUCCAUGGUAGCAAUGGAGCCGGUAGUGUUUGGACAGAAAACCGGUUUUGUAAUCAAUAUGCCGCAAUGCCAUCCUUGCACUUUGGUUAUUCCCUCAUGAUCGGUCUCACAAUCAUGACAAUUCCUCUGCGACCGCAACGACGAACAGUACUGCGCACUCGCCUGACAAGGGUGAGGCUGACUCUUCCAUCGUGGCGUCGCCUGACGUGUCUUGUCCUUGGAUUCUCCUAUCCAUUCAUCAUCCUGGUCGCCAUUGUUGCCACGGCCAACCAUUUCAUUUUAGAUGCAGUGGCCGGAGCCCUAGUCUGCGCACUGGGCUGGCGAUUCAAUGGAAUGCUACUUAACCUAUUGCCGCUAGAGGACUACUUCCUAUGGCUUGUCCGCAUCCACAAGCCAGAGCCAUCGCUUGCCACUGUCACUUCAGAUGGCUUAGAUGGUCGGUCUACUGAUGAGGAGCUAUUGAGCCCUACUGUCAUUGCAUAA